AUGCGUCGCUCGAAUUCCAUACGACCUAGCGUGAAUCGUUCUCAAACUCAUCUUGCGAAUGCGACUGUGACGAGUAGUACCGACGACGUUACGGCUUAUUUGGACGAAAGCUCGGUGAAUAUUAAUGAUAUUGUGCAGUCGCGAACGGCGAUUGGUGAGAGAGAUCGAGAGAUUGCAAAGCUCAAAGAUCAGAUCGUAACGCUCACCCAGGUGGUAAAUUCUCGACCUCCAUUGGAGCAAGUUCAAGCUCUUCAAAAGGAAUACCAAAACUUGGAGUUGAUUUUACAAGGAACGCAAAGGGAGAAUGAAAGAUGCAUGGCUGAACUAGAUAAAUCCAAACGAAGGGAGAAGAUGAUGGAAGCCGAGCUGACAAAAAUCUACGGCGAUGACUGGCCAGCUCACCUCAGCAUGCCGACCUCGUCGCCAUCGAUAUCCCGCGCGCUUCCAGUCUCGGCCGGCGUAUCGGCCAACGUGAGGCAAUCUCCUCCGCCUCAAGGGCCAUCUGAGGAGACGAGUAGUGCGCCGAGUAAUGCUGAGAUUAACGAGCAUUUGGAGGCGGUUCGGAUGCUUGUGCUCGGGAUGGACGCGAAGCUUGCCGAAAGGGAGGCGCAGAUCAGUAAAGAAAUGGCCAAGGCCGAGGAAGAAGCGCAAAAGGCUGCGAGCGCGAGGAAAAAGAUCGGAGUUUAA